AUGUUAAUUGUCUUUGCUAUACAACAUCAUGGUAUUCUUUCAGCUGCUCGUAUUCAGAUGGUCUUUGCUAUCUCGUCAUUACUACCAUUAAUCAUGUUAGGUAUAGUACCGCUCUUCAUCGGUAAAGUACAUAGUAACAACUUCGUUCCAUUUGCUCCACUUUUACGUGAUGCAUCAAAUAAUGUUACUAUGGGAAGUUGGAAUAGAGCAGGUUUUACAUUAUUUGCUGGUGGUAUGUUCAUUGCUGAUUGGGAACACUUGCUCGAUUCAAACAUUUACAAUGGCAUGGGAGUUGCCAAAGCAAUAGCUGAAAUGAUUGGCGCUAGUACGAUCAUCGUCAAAGUUGUGGUUUUGCUGUUAUUAUUAUCGCUUUUGCUCUCCACUAUGACUGCUAUGGCCGGUUCAUCACGGACACUUUAUCAAGGUUCUGUAGAUGGUUGGCUUCCAAAAUUCUUGUCGCAUGUCAAUGAACAUGGUGCACCUGUAGCUGCAAUGUGGACAGAUUUUGUUUUUAAUCUAAUCCUAUUACUCAUGUCAGAUUAUGUAUUUAUUUUGGCAGCUUCAAAUAUCGAAUAUAUUAUUUUUAUUUGGAUGAAUUUAAAUGCUGUAUGGAUUCAUCGACUGGAUCGUCCACAUUGGAAACGUCCAUUUAAAGCACCUAUUUGGUUAGUUUCAAUUAGUGUUCUACUUGGUUAUAUGAAUCUUGUAUUUCUUGGUAUGGGCACAGAUUUAUGGGGAUCUGGAACACUUCUUACAGGUUUAAUAUUUGCCGCCUUGAUCAUUCCAGUAUUUCUCAUUCGUCAUUAUAUCCAAGAUAAAGGUCAUUUUCCCACUUUGAUCAAAGAUGAUAUCAAUCUUGAUGAAGAAAAUAGUGUAAAGAAUCGUGCUGGAAUACUCCCCUAUCUAGCUCUUGGAAUGGGUGUACUGGUCGUCAUUGUAUCACGCUUAUUGGCAAAGUACUAA